UGUCCUGUGUGAGUGACACACCCUCCCUCCAGUCUGUCUCUGCAGCCCCAAAGGCAUACAGAACCUGUAUCUCCCCAUUUGUUUUGCCGCUCUGAAGGCACAUUUCGGAACGUAUCUGGAUUGUUCUUGGGGCUCAGGUGGUGUCGUCACCGUCUCUCGGAAGAAAAUAAACAGGCUUUUUUAAAACAAGAACUACGACUUCAUACAGAGCUUAGUAAUAUACUCUGAAAUGUGAAGCUCUUCAAAUGCUCAUUUCUUGUGGAUCCAGGACGGGAGCUACAUUUGUUCAGGCCUGCCUGAACGCAUCAAAAGUAAAGGCACAUCGUAAAUCUCCGGAUUCUUCAAAAUCUCAGUUCUUCAUGCAAUUACGUUAGUGCUGUGCCAAGUUAAACUUGGCAGUAGUAUAUACUAUAUGGACAAAAGUACUGGGACACCAGCCUGUCCAAUAUCUCACUCUGAAUCAAAGGGUAUUAAGAUGAAGUUGCCUAACCCUUAGUUCCUAUAAGAGUACAGGAUGUACUCCUCUGGGAUUGUUUUCCAUUAGAUGCUGGAACAUUGCUGGUGGGAUUUGCUGCCAUUCCCUCUCUGUGAGCUUGUCUGGCCCCCACCUUGCAGCUGAACUUGCUCCCAGAUGUUUCCACUUGACAGUCAGUUCACUUGCAGUUGAUCAGGGCAGCAGGACACAAAUGUGGAGAACCGACUUGUUGGAAAGGUGUCCAGUGUUGACCAAUGGCGGUGCCAGGUUGACUAACCUCUUCUGCUUGACCACCCUUCCUGCUGCCAUUGUGUAAUGCCGCAGAUUGCCUGGCCGUGUCCUUAAUUAUACACCUGUAUGUCAGCAAUGGGAGUGGCUUGCUGUAAUUACUGUGGGUGUUGCAACAUUUUUGCUCAUUUUGUGUAUAUUUAGGUCCUCAAUCUUCAAGAUUCUGGUCAGUGCGGAUUUAUUCUACAGCUAAGCCAUGGCCAUUGUAUUUUAACUGUGAUAUGUUUGUUACAGAUAAGAGGAGAUAAGAGUCCUUUGCCAGCCCAAAGGGAGAAUGUCCUUCAUCUGUGUAGCUGGAAUUAGUGCAGCAGUGCUUCUGGCUGCUUUGCUAUACUUUGGAGAGGACAGUGUCUACAAACAGGCCACUAUGUUAGGCUUCGGCCUGUCCCUGGGGGCUACACUCACUCAGCUGUGUCUUUUUGCAGAAGAGUGGCUUCAUCAUUCAGCUUCAAGGUACAACGGCAGCCUUUCCAAAAUGUGCAAAGUCUUCUUCAACUAUGCCCCCUUGAGUGCCCUGCUGUUUUUCGCAUUGACAGCUGGAUGUGCCCAGUUUGAAGCGUGUCAGUGGAUCAGUAUGGCGAUGGCCUCCAUGUUUUUCGUCCUGCUUAAAUUAUGUGACGUACUGAGCCCCACGCAGAUAGAGGUCACCCACAUCUGUGAGAACCAGAAGAAGAACGUGGCGCACGGACUUGCCUGGUCCUUCUACGUGGGGUACCUCAAACUGGUACUUCCAAAACUACAGACUUCCAUUGAGAGCUACCGCUGUCAACAAAAGAACAAUAUUCUGGUGCACAGAGAUUCCUGGAAAAUCUAUAUCUUGGUGCCAGUGAGUGCGUACAUUCCUGACCAACUGGAAGAUAUGGAUCAGCGCAUCACGUUUUACGACAAUUUGAAUGAAACAACCAUGGACAGGGCUGGGGUCAGAAGCAGGGUUUAUAAGCACAGCAUGUAUGCUGUGUAUGACAGCCAGAAACGGCCUCACUACUGCCUGGUUGAGUACGCCACUCCACUGCAGACCCUAUUUCAGAUGUCCCAUGACAGCAGUGCAGGAUUUGGGGUGGAAGACAGGUAUCAACAAGUACUUGUAUUCCACCAAACCCUGAAGAACAUCUUGGAGGAUUCCACUGAAUGUCGGAACCGUUACCAGCUCAUUCUACUAGAUGAUGGGUGUGACCAGGCCGCCAAGAAGGAUCCGCACUUUUUGUCCAAGGAGAUAUUAAAGCAUUUACAGCAGCCAGACAACGAUGUUGAAAAUUUGUCCAGAAUUCCAACUCUCAUGAUUAGCGAUGACGGUGACAUGCCGAGGACUCUUAUGAAUCCCACUGAGAACACUUACCUAUGUUCAGAACAAUGAAAAUGAAACAACUUUGGUCUCUAUAGCUAUAAAAACUGUAAAUAAAUUACUUAUAAUAGUGUCA